UAGGUGACUCCCAUUACACAAUCUGCUACUUCUGCUCCGUUCUUUUCCUUUCCCGUCUGAUCUCUCCGUCGCAAGCUCCGCCGCUAAUUUCUACUUUCUCAGCUUUGGGAUUCACGUCAUGGAUCUUCUCCGCUCAACCUCCUACUUCUCCAGUGUUCGAUUUUUUAGAUGUCAUUCUUCCCCGGCACCUCUCCGAAGGCGAUGCUUCGCCGUAAGGUCGAGUCUUCCAUUUCAGAAACACGAAGCUAAGUAUUAUAAAGAGCUCGGAGCUGCCAUUGAUGCAGUGCAGAAAGCAUGCCGUCUCUGCGUCGAUGUUAAGAGAUCGUUAGUUUCGAGUGAAGGGAGGAUAAUAGAAAAGAAUGAUCAAACGCCGGUUACGGUGGCAGAUUUUGGAGUGCAGGCUUUAGUCAGCUUAGAGCUUAGCAGAUUGUUUCCCUCUAUUCCUUUGGUGGCUGAAGAGGAUUCUGCCUUUGUACGUUCAAAUAAUCUGGUAGAUUCUGUGGUAAGUGCUGUAAGUGAUAAAGCAAGCUUUGGUGAUGAACCUUUGACUGAUGCUGAUGUACUAGAAGCAAUUGACAGAGGAGGGAAGGAUGCUUUUACCUUCUGCACAAAGCCGGCCACAUAUUGGGUGUUGGAUCCAAUUGAUGGGACACGAGGGUUUCUAAGAGGAAGUGAAGCCUUAUACGUGGUUGGUUUGGCUCUCGUAGUUGAAGGAGAGAUUGUACUAGGUGUCAUGGGCUGUCCGAACUGGAAGGAUGAUAUUCUGUAUAGAUCUGUCACUGAAGUACAGAGUUCUGAAAACAGAACAUUUGGCUCAGGGAUUAUUAUGGUUUCUCAUGUUGGCCGCGGAACGUGCUUAUACACUGCAGAACUGACCGUGACAAUAUGGGAUAAAGAAAUUUCUCUCUUGCCCACAUGUUGCGGCAGUUUGUGCAAAUAUAUGAUGGUGGCCUCUGGUAGGGCAUCAGUCUUCAUUCUUCGAACAAAAGUGCAAAAUAGUAUAAAGGCUUGGGAUCACGCAGUUGGCAUAGUAUGUGUGCAUGAAGCAGGAGGGAAGGUACGUGAUAAUUCAUUGCACUCUCUACACGAGAUGCCU